AUGGAAUCAGUUCAGAAAGAAGAGCAGACGCAAGUCUGGUCUGAGCAUUCCACAAAUGACCUCGCCCUUAUCGCAGAUCAGGAAGAACACGCGACAGGUGUGUUGAUGACGGUGCGGAAGAACCCGACCUUAGUAGGCUGGUGCUUCUUCUCCGUCUUCACUUGCCUCCUGGUUAGCUUCGAAAACCAAGCUGCCGGUCUAGUACUAAGCGUACCAAGGUUCCGUCAAGAUUUUGGGUAUAAAUUCGGCGACGAGUAUGUUCUUGACGCGGCCUGGCAGUCAGCCUUCUUUGGCGGGCCAAUCGCCUCCACCAUCAUUGGGACUCUGGCCUCUGGCUACUUCGCCGACCGACUCGGCCGCAAGCCCCUGCUCAUAGGUGCCGUCGCUCUCUCGUUCGUUGCCGUGGCCAUCGAGUUCAUUGCUGAGACGAAUGCGAUAUCGGUAUUUGUGGCCCAGUUUGCUUUCUCUGCGGCGUCAUUCAUCGGUUCCCUAUUCAUGCCCGAAUCUCCAACCUGGCUAUUGAGCGUUGGCCAGGAUGACAAGGCAGCCCGGUCGCUGAAACGUUUAGGAUAUGCCGAUGCCGACAUCCCCAUGAAGACAGCACAAAUCCGGAAAACUCUGGAGCAAUCUAGGCAAGAAACCGAAGGGUCGACUUAUCUAGAGCUCUUCCGAGGCUCAAACGCGAGGAGGACCGUCAUAUCCAUUAUGCCACUAUCAAUCCAGGCUCUUGGGGGUGUUCUUUAUCGGCUCCUACGCCUCACCGUCAUUCUAAUGCUAUGUGCCGGGCUGGCGGUACAUGGAAGCGCCGGAUCGAUCAAGGGGUCUGUCGCUUUGAUCAUCAUGUACAACUUUUUCUACAACAUAUCGAUUGGCGCAACAGCGUACACAUUGCUUGUGGAAGUGGCCACAUCGCGGCUCAGAGUCAAGACCAUUGCAGUCGGCGUAGCUCUACAGUAUAUUAUAUACACAAUCUGGGCUUUUGUUCUUCCAGUUCUCUUCAAUCCCGACAAGGCCAAUUUAGGUGCUAAAACAGCGUUUAUAUUUGGUGGCCUCAGCAUCUUCUGUCUUGCGUACCUCUGGUUUUAUCAGGUGGAAACUGCCGGCCGGAGUUAUGACGAGCUAGAUGAAAUGUUCAUGAAUGAUGUAAGCGUCAAGGACUUCGGGACAUAUAUCACGGAGGCUCAAAGGAAAGAGAAAUAG